AUGUAUUUUAUUAAAAACGAGACAAAAACAUUAUGGACAGGAAUAAUAUAAAGUUCUCCUUCUUUAAUUAAAAUAAUAAAAGAAUAUUAUUUCAUUCUCGAAUUUCCCGAUUCUUAUGAAAUAACCUAAGAACUAAAAGAAACAUUAGAAAAGUCAAAUUUAGUUUAUGAAUUAAGUGAUUAUUUAGUUUAGUAAAUUAACACUAGACUUCUUAUUCCUGGUGUUAUUACUAUGAAUAUAUUAAGUUAAUACAUAAAUUGUUUAUAAAUUUUAUAAAUUAUUGAUCCUAAAGGUCUUAUAUUAGAAAUCAAAUACUAAGAAAGUGAUCUUUUAAGUAUUUUAGUAAACUUAUAUGGUUCUUAAGAAGCUUUUAUUAGUGAAUAUUAAAAUAUGUUGGCUGAAAAAAUGAUGGGAACUCGUCAUUUUGAUAUAGAUGAAGAAAUUAAAAACCUAGAACUCUUAAAACUUAGAUGUGGAGACUAUUCACUUUAAAUAUGUAAUAUAAUAGUCAAAGAUGUAAAAGAUUCUAAAAGAAUUGAUAAUUUAAUACACAGUUAUAGAAAGCCAAUAUAGCCAGAAUAAAAAUUAAAAAAUCAUCUUCUUUCAAUAGAUUAAUUGCAUUGCAUGUUCGUUUCUAAAGGAUAUUGGCCAAUAAAUUAUGAAAUAGAAGGAAUUCCACUUCCUACUUAUUUAGAGCCUUUAUUUAAGGAAUAUGCUGAAAGAUUCGAAAGAAAUAAAGCAAUGAGAAAACUUAUUUGGCAUACAAAUUUAGGACAUGUUAAUUUAUCCUUAACAUUUGAUAAUGGAGAGUUUGAAUUUAAAUGUUUACCAGUACACGCUAUUCUAAUUGGUUAUUUUGAUGAAACAAGAUUUAAUUAAGAAAAAGGAGUUGCUUCUGAUUUUUUAAGUACGGAAACGGGAAUUCCUUAAAAUAUUAUUAAAUAAAAAAUGGCUUUUUGGGUACACAAAGGUAUCAUAAAAGAAUUUAAGAAAUAAAAUAUGAAAGAAUAUUAAUAAAAUAAUUUUUUGAUGUAAAAACAAAGUUAAAGAUAUAAUGAUGCUGAAAACAAUGAAGCUAUAGAUGGAGAUGUUAAUAUUUAUUUCCCUGUUAAGGUCUAUGAAAAAUUUAGGGAUUCUGAAAAUUUAAUAUAUUGCGAAGAUGAAGAAAAUGAAAUGAUUUUAAGGGAUUAAACUUAUGCUGGUAUUUAGAAAAUUUGA